UCGGUCGCUCACACCGUGGAGGCUGCAGUCGCGUCGGGUUCUUUGGGGUGGAGCGUCACGCCGAACCGCGACACUCCCCCGGUGGUCCUGGGCGCUGGGACGUGCAUGUUUUUCGGGGUGGGGGGCAGGCACCUUCGUCGCUCUGCGCCUGCGUGUGGCGGACGCCGAAAAUAAGUGGGGGUCCUCAAAGGAAAGCGGGGGGCGCGCUUGCCUUCCUAUCAGGUGCACACGACCCGGCUGAGGAUGCAGAAGUCACCCGUGGAAGAUGCCAACUUUCUCUCGAGGUUUUUCUUCUGGUGGACGUCUCCGCUGCUCAGGAAGGGCUUCAGGAAGAAGUUGGACCUCACCGAUGUUUAUAAAGCGCCUUCAUACGAUCUCGCCGGGAACCUCUCCGAGCGGCUCGAAAGAGAAUGGGACAGAGAAGUGGUCUCGGCCAAGAACAAACCCAGACUGAUGCGAGCAUUAGCACGAUGCUUCAUCUGUCCCUUUGCCUUCUUUGGGGUCCUCCUCUACUUUGGGGAGGCCUCCAAGACGGUGCAGCCUCAGCUUCUAGGCCGCAUCAUCGGCUCCUUUGACCCCUUCCACGCUCCGGAGCGCAGCCAGGGAUACUUCCUGGCGCUAGGCCUCUGCCUGCUCUUCACCGCCCGCUUCCUGCUGCUGCAGCCGGCCAUCUUUGGUUUGCAUCACCUGGGCAUGCAGAUCCGCAUUGCCCUUUUCAGCCUGAUCUACAAGAAGACCCUAAAGUUGUCUAGCCGGGUCUUGGAUAAAAUUAGCACGGGUCAGCUGGUCAGUCUGAUGUCGGCCCACCUCAACAAGCUGGACGAAAGCUUGGGCCUGGCGCACUUUGUGUGGAUCACGCCCCUGCAGUGCAUCCUGUGUGUGGGUUUAAUCUGGGAACUGAUCGAGGUCAACGGUUUCUGCGCGCUGGCAACUCUCACGCUGCUCGGCAUCGUCCAAGCCUGCCUCGCGCAGAAGAUGGGACCUCACCGGGUGAAGCGAGCGGGGAUGAUCAACCGCCGCCUGGCGCUCACCUCGGAGAUCGUGGAAAACAUCCACUCGGUGAAGGCGUACGGCUGGGAGGAGGUGAUGGAGACGAUCAUCAAAAACAUCAGACAGGACGAGGUGACGCUCACGAGGAAGAUCGGCUCUUUGCGCUACUUCUACAGUGCCGCUUACUUCUUCUCCGCCAUCCUGGUGAUCGUGUCCGCAAUCGUGCCGCACGCGCUGGGCAAAGGCAUCAUCCUGCGCCGCAUCUUCACCACCGCGUCCUACUGCAUGGUGCUGCGCAUGACGCUCACUCGCCAGCUGCCCGGCUCCAUCCAGAUGUGGUACGACACGCUGGCGCUGGUCAACAAGAUCGAGGAUUUCUUGAUGAAGGAGGAGUAUCGUGUUCUGGAGUACAACCUGACCACCACCGAGCUGGAACUCAUUAAUGUCUCCGCUUCCUGGGACGAGGGCAUCGUCGAGCUCUUUGAGAAGAUCAAACAGGAGAACAAAGCGAGCGGUCAUCCCAACGGCGGCCUCUUCUUCACCAACCUUUACGUGACGCCCGUGCUAAAGAACAUCAGCUUGUACCUGGAGAAGGGAAAGAUGUUGGCGGUGGCCGGAUCCACGGGCUCCGGAAAGAGUUCGCUCCUCAUGUUGAUCCUGGGAGAGCUGAUGCCGUCGGAGGGUAAAAUCCGCCACAGCGGGCGCGUGUCCUUCUCCUCGCAGACCUCCUGGAUCAUGCCCGGCACCAUCCGCGACAACAUCCUGUUCGGCCUCACCUACGACGAGUACCGAUACACCUCCAUUAUCAAGGCCUGCCAGCUGGAGGAGGAGGCUGCACGUCCCGCUUCCAAAAAGGACUUUGCCUUGUUGCCCGAGAAGGACAAGACGCUGCUGGGCGAAGGAGGCGUCACCCUCAGCGGCGGUCAGAGGGCCCGUCUUGGCUUGGCCAGGGCGGUGUACAAAGAUGCCGACUUGUACCUGUUGGAUGCACCUUUCACACAUUUGGACAUUGUGACCGAGAAAGAGAUCUUUGAGAAGUGCGUGUGCAAUCUGAUGUCCUCCAAGACUCGCAUCGUGGUGACCAGCAAGCUAGAGCACCUGAAGCGCGCCGACCAGAUCCUGCUGCUGCAUAACGGCGACUGCUACUUCUACGGCAGCUUCUCAGAGCUCCAGGCCCAGCGGCCUGACUUUAGCGCUUUGAUGUUGGGCAUGGAGGCGUACGACAACGUCAACGCCGAGCGCCGCGGCUCCAUCCUCACCGAGACCCUCCGCAGGGUCUCCGUCGACGAGAGCGCCGGCUUCCGAGGCCCCGAGCCGGGCCGGCAGUCUUUCCGCCACCCGCUUCCCCCUCCCAUCAUCAGCGGGCCCCAAGGCGGAUCUGACAACUACCCGGAAAAGCGCAAGCAGUCACUCAUCCUCAACCCACUGGCUGCUGCCCGCAAAUUCUCAUUCAUUGGGCAGCAGAAUCCCAACGGGGCACCACCAGCGUCCAUGGAGGAUGCUGUUCGGGAGCUUUCUGACAGGAAGUUCUCUAUGGUGCCCGAGGAUGACCAGGUGGAGGAGGUGCUCCCCAGGGGGAACCUCUACCACCAUGGCCUGCCACACCUGAGCGGGCAGCGACGCCAGUCCGUACUGGCGUUCAUCACCUCCGCCCAAGGCCAAGAGCGACACGAGCAGAUCCAGACGUCCUUCCAGAAGAAACUGUCCAUCACGCCAUCCCACUACGACCUCCCAUCUGACCUGGACAUCUAUGCCCGACGCCUGUCCAAGGACAGCGUCUACGACAUCAGCGAGGAGGUGGAUGAAGAAGACAUGGAGCAAUGCUUUGCGGACGAGCGCGAGAAUGGGUUUGAGACAACUUCAUGGAGCACCUACCUGCGCUACAUCACCACCAACAGGAGUUUGGUUUAUGUCCUCAUUUUCAUUUUCUUGGUCUUUGUCAUUGAGGUUGCAGGUUCAGUCAUUGGCAUCUACCUCAUCACCGACAAAAUCUGGAGGGAUAGCGCGAACCCGUCCUCGCCCAACUACAUCGAUGAGCAACAUCCCAACGCUUCGUCACCGCCCACCCACCUGGCGGUGAUCGUGACGCCCACCAGCGCCUACUACAUCGUCUACAUCUACGUGGCCACGUCCGAGAGCGUGCUGGCGCUGGGCUUCUUCCGCGGUCUACCGCUGGUGCACACGCUGCUCACCGUCUCCAAGAGGCUCCACGAGCAGAUGCUCAGUUCCGUGCUGCGUGCCCCCAUGGCGCUGCUCAACACCAUGAAGACAGGCCGCAUCAUGAAUAGAUUCACCAAGGACAUGGCCACCAUCGACGACAUGCUGCCUCUGGUGCUCUUCGAUCUCAUACAGCUUUCAGUGAUCGUCCUGGGCGCCAUCUUCACCGUGUCCAUCAUGCGUCCGUACAUCUUCAUCGCUGCCAUCCCGCUGGCUGUCAUCUUUGUCGUCCUCAGGAAGUACUUCCUGAGGACAGGACAGCAACUCAAGCUGCUGGAGGCUGAAGCUCGCAGUACCAUCUUCUCGCACGUCAUCAUCUCGCUGAAGGGCCUGUGGACCAUUCGGGCGUUCGGGCGUCAGACCUACUUCGAGAUGCUCUUCCACAAGGCGCUCAACACCCACACGGCCACCUGGUUCCACUACCUGGCCACCCUGCGCUGGUUCCUCUUCCGAUGCGACGUCAUCUUUGUGCUCUUCUUCACCGCCGCCGCCUUCAUUGCUGUUGGCACCAACCAGGACAAGCCGGGCGAGAUCGGUAUCAUCGUGGCCCUCGCCAUGCUCAUCCUGGGAACGUUCCAGUGGGCCGUCAUCACCAGCAUCACCGUGGACGGAGUGAUGCGCUCGGUGGAUCGAGUGUUCAAGUUCAUCGACCUGCCGUCGGAGGAAGCGCCGGCGGGUCGAGGAGGCAAAGCGGGAAGCGACCUGGUCAUCGACAACCCGCACGCUCACGACUACUGGCCCAACCGAGGCCAGGUGGACGUGAAGGGCCUGACCGUCAAGUACACGGAGGCCGGACGCGCCAUCCUCAGCGACGUCAGCUUCUCGGUGGAGGGCGGACACAGCGUCGGCCUUCUGGGACGGACCGGCUCAGGGAAGAGCACCCUGCUUUCAGCUCUUUUGCGCCUGGCGUCCACCGACGGCGAGAUCUCCGUGGACGGCGUCUCCUGGAGCUCCGUUUCGCUUCACACCUGGAGGAAAGCCUUCGGCGUGGUGCCGCAGAAAGUUUUCAUCCUAACCGGAACGUUCCGAAUGAACUUGGAUCCUCACGGCCGCUACGGGGAUGACGAGCUGUGGAGGGUGGCCGACGAGGUGGGCCUGAAGUCGGUGAUCGAGCAGUUCCCCGACAAGUUGGACUUCCAGCUGGAGGACGGCGGCAACGUGCUGAGCAACGGGCACAAGCAGCUGAUGUGUUUGGCUCGCUCCAUCCUCAGCAAGGCUCGCAUUCUGCUGCUGGACGAACCCUCGUCCUACCUCGACCCCAUAACGCUGCAAGUGCUGAGGAAGACGCUGAAGCAGUCGUUCUCGGGCUGCACCGUCAUCCUCUCCGAGCACCGAGUGGAACCUCUGCUCGAGUGUCAGUCCUUCCUGAUGAUGUCGGGCAGCUCGAUCAAGACCUACGAGAACCUUCACAAGCUGCUAAACGAGACGAGCCAGCUGAAGCAGGCCAUGAGCCCGUCGGACCGCCUCCGCCUGGGGGCCCCGCUGCACCGGCUCAACUCGACCAAGAGGGCGGCGCCGCCCUGCGCCAACAUCGCCUCGCUUCCCGAGGAGGCCGAGGACGACGCGCUGGACACGCGGCUCUAGCGCGGCGUUCCCGCGUACGAUCGGUACGAGCGGCCGUAGCGCGAGUUUGAAGCACUUUAGAGAGACGCUGAGGUACUCGCUCACACUAAAUGAACAUCAAGAGCACAAGUUGCCAGUAAUUCGUGCAAAGUCGCAAUAAUAAAUUUCCAGUUGUUUUGUUUUAUUUUGUAGUAGUCGGGUACUUGGAUGGAUGCGUGGCUGUGAUCAAGCCUUUGUUUGCUCUUUCAUAGGAAAAAAAAAAAGAAAGAAAUGUUCCAUAAAUGCCUUUGCGCUGUCAAAUAUAUUUGCAAUAAAACAUUUUCACGUUU